AUGGAGUCCAAACUUCAACUUGCCCUUACUGUUUCUAACAUCAAAACACAUGUACCCAUUAUUCUUGAAAAAGAUUCAACCCACUAUACCACUUGGAAAACCCUCUUCAAGGUGCACUGUCAAAUCUAUGAAGUGCUCGAUCACCUAUCGCCCAAACAAGCCGCUACCAAGCCAGCCGCUGAAACUUCUGAUUUGACAGCUGCUGCCAAAGCCGAGGCUGAUGCCCGGGCAGCCGAAACCCUAUGGAAUCAACUGAAUGUUGUUGUCCUCCAGUGGAUUUAUGCCACCAUCUCCGCGCCUCUUCUACACAUCAUUCUGCAACCAGGUUAG